CACAAUCGGUCCGGGGAAACCACAGCAGAACCAAGAGGACCCGCGCAGCCGAGAAUGCUCCUAGCCCUCAUCUUCGCCCUCCUCGCCGGCGCCGCCGCCUUCCUCCUCUUCAAGUUCGCCACCGCCGUCGAUGGGGACUUGACGCUCGUGUCGCGCGGCCCGCCGCGGCGGGAGAGAGUGGACGGCAAGGUCGUGUGGAUCACUGGAGCGAGCCGUGGGAUUGGGGAGGUUCUUGCAGUGCAGUUUGCCAGUUUAGGAGCAAAGCUGAUACUAUCUGCACGUAAUAAGAACGAGCUUGAGAGAGUGAAACAAAACAUCGUCAGCAAGAAUCCAGAUAGCAGAGUUGAAGUGUUACCCAUGGAUUUAUCAUGUGGUGAAGAAUCUCUGAAAGAAGUUGUACAUGCAGCAGAAUCACUGUUUUCCAAUGCAGGCAUUGACUAUAUGAUCCACAAUGCAGCCUUUGAACGCCCAAAAAGAGGAGCUCUGGAAGAAACUGAGGAAGGCCUUAAGGCUACUUUUAAUGUCAAUGUCUUUGGAACUAUUACUCUAACUCGCCUUCUUGUACCUUCCAUGCUGGAUAGAGGGAUGGGCCAUUUUGUUGUGAUGAGCAGUGCAGCCGGAAAGGUUCCUGCUCCUGGUCAGGCCCUUUACUCUGCCUCCAAACAUGCUCUGAACGGAUUCUUUGCUUCGCUGCGUUCUGAGUUAUGUACCAAAGGCAUUAAGGUCACUGUUGUCUGCCCUGGACCGAUUGAAACACCACAAUCUUCUGGUGUAGCCUCUUCGUCACAAAGACAUUCCUCUGAGAAACGUGUUUCGGUGGAAAGAUGUGCUGAACUGACGAUUGUUGCGGCAACUCAUGGACUGAAAGAAGCAUGGAUAUCAUAUCAGCCUGUGCUGGCUGUUAUGUACUUGGUGCAAUACAUGCCAACAAUUGGUUACUGGCUUAUGGACAAGAUUGGUGCAAAACGGCUGGACGCGGCCGCAAAGAAAGGCAACGCCUAUAGUUGGAACCUCAUUUUUGGUGGCAAGAAGUCAGUGUGAACCAAGCUGCUCGUCGCUCCACUGCUAGGGGAUACAUCUUUCUGGUUUUGCUGAGUCACGGCUUUGGUAUAUGCUUACAUGCAAAAAGUUCAAACUGAAAAGGAACAGAGCUACUCCUUAGUAUUGAUAGUAGCUUUAUGGUUUAGUGAAAAAUGUACUCAUUGCAAUGGCACGGUGAAGCAUGAUUAUAAUCCAAACAUGUUGAACCUGAA